AUGGCUGAUACUGCUGUAGACCAACCUGUCAAACCCGCUGAAAAUGAAGAGACUAAUAAUGCACAAGUGAAUGGCGGCACUAAUGCCGAAGAUGCUGAAAAAUCAUCAAAUCCUGAACCAAUGGAAAUGAACGUUGCAUCAUCACAACAAAAUGGUGGUACAACGCCGGCCGAAAAUGUUGGCGCAAAAGAUGAAGGAGCGUCUCAGGGCACAUUAACCCAAUCGCAAGGUGAAAACACGACAAAUGCUGCUGCACCGACAGCAAAAGUAUCGGCAACUCCAAACACAGGUUCUCAACAACAAUCAUCCGGUAAUGAUGAACCAGUUAAACCGGCGGGUAAACCAGAAUUAUCAACACUGCCAACACGAGCCUACUUAGAUCAAACUGUUGUUCCAAUAUUAUUGCAAGGUAUGAGUCAAUUAGCUCGUGAACGUCCGAAUAAACCAAUCGAAUUUUUGGCGUUAUAUUUAACUCAAAAUAAAGAAAAGUAUGGUGAAUAG